CACGCAGUGGUACUGCACUCACAUCACUGACGCAUGACAGACGGCUCACAGUGGAUUCAUAGAGCAGUACACACAGGUAGAAAAGUGACACUGGCCAGAAAACUGCUGGUGUCCAUAUACAUCACUGUGCCAAUGUUGUGCUAAUCAAGGCCUCGGUAAGGGAUCUGAGGGUACUGAGGAUGCUGAGGGUACUGAGGAUGCCGAGGGAGGGUACUGAGGAUGCCGAGGGAGGGUACUGAGGAUGCCGAGGGUACUGAAGAUGCUGCUGGUACCGUGGAUGCUGCUGGUACUGUGAGUACUGAGGAUGCUGCUGGUACUGAUGUACUAAGGAUGCAGUGGGUACUGAUGAUUCUGGUGGUACUGAGGAUGCUGUGGGUACCAAAGGAGGUAGAGAGAGAGAGAGAGAGAGAGAGAAGAAAUUCGCCUGUGGUGUGCAGUAGUCUGUUGAGAGCAUUUUUGGGCUGCUCUACACACAGACUCGUCCAUGAUGGACUGUCUGAUUCAAAACAGUAUGCAGCAGGUGAUGCGUGUGUCCGAGCGGCUGGAGAGCAGAAUACACAGACUGGAAUCCUCCAAAUGCAGAUAUGUUGAUCUACCCACAUGAUGCUAAGCUUACAGAGAAGGAGAAAACAAGCAUAUGCUACUUAUCCUUUCCUGACUCAUUUUCAGGAUGCCUUGGGGACACACAGUUCAGUUUUAGGCUGCGGCAGUCUGUGGGACGAGUGAGAGACGUAUGGUUUCGAGAGAAUGAUGCGUACAACCAGGAAGCACCACUAAUACUGCAGAAAGAGCUGGCUCACUUCUAUGGCUAUGUGUACUUUAGACAAGUAAAGGAUGUCUCUGUCAAAAGGGGCUACUUUCAGAAGUCUCUGGUGCUGGUGUCCAGACUGCCAUAUGUUCACUUGUUCCAGUCUCUACUUCAGAUCAUUGCUCCUGAGUACUUUGAGAAGUCAGAGCCUUGUUUGGAGGCAGUGUGUAAUGAGAUUGACCAGUGGCCCCCACCUGUGCCAAGCCAGACACUCAGUUUGCCUGUGAUGGGAGUCAUCUUGCAGGUCAGAAUUCCUUCAAAAGAUGACAAACCAGGAGGAAGUCCUAGCCAACAGGGACAAAAGGAGAAACAGAUCUCUUCUCCAAUGGUUCUCCCUACCAUAAAUGAGCUGGAUCUUUUCAAGUGCUUCCAGUCUGUCCUCAUUCACAUACAGUUGCUUUGGGAGCUGAUGUUGCUAGGACAGCCGUUGGUCGUCAUGGCGCCCUCUCCAGCGGUGUCCUCAGAGACGGUGCUGGCUCUUGUUAGCUGCAUCAGUCCACUGAAGUACUGCUGUGAUUUUCGGCCUUACUUUACCAUCCAUGACAGUGAGUUUAAGGAGUACACUACCAGAACUCAGGCACCACCAAAUGUAUUAUUGGGUGUUACGAAUCCUUUCUUUAUAAAGACCUUUCAGAGCUGGCCUCAUAUCAUGUGUCUGGGGGAGUUGAAGAUGUCUAGAGAUUUGCUAAAGCAAGUUAAGGUCAAGAAAUUGACCAAGUUGAAAACGCUGGACACAAAACCAGGUAUAUACACAGCAUACAAAACGUUUCUUCAUAAAGACAAAGCCCUAAUCAAGCGACUCUUAAAGGGAAUUCAGAGGAAAAGGCCUUCUGAGGUGCAGUGCACCAUCUUGAGGCGGCACUUGUUAGAACUCACGCAGAGCUUUAUCGCUCCGCUGGAGCAAUACCUGGCCAGCUUGAUGCCACUGCAAAUAUCCAUGACUCCUUGGAAGACUCCUCCUCAGAUCCGACCCUUCAGUCAGAAUGAGUUCAUGGCCACUCUGGAGCAUGCUGGGCCUCAGAUCACCUCCAAAGGGGACUGGCUGGGCCUUUAUAAGCAAUUCUUUCAGUCUCCUAAUUUUGAUGGCUGGUUCCGUGCUAAGCACAGGGAAAUGACACAUAAGGUGGAGUGUCUUCAUUUAGAGGCCAUCUGUGAUGCUGAUCUGCUGAGUUGGACAAAAGACAAGUCCGAGGUGGAGACCGUUGACCUGAUUUUAAAAUUGCGUGAAAAGCUGACGAGAGCUCAUAUGCAUCAGCUUCCAGUGAAGGAGGAAUUGCUGGACAAGUUGGAAAACUACAUCCAUUCUGUGAUCAGCUCUCUGCCCGAGGAUCUGCAGGCAGUACUAUACAAAGACUGAAAUUAAAAUUAUUUUAAUGCAGGGAUAUAAAUCAGCUUUCGUUCGGUAGCACUGUUGCUCCCAUUUCAGAAAGCUGACAGCACCAGCAUUAACAAAAAUACAGAAGAACCCACGGAUGUGUUUGGGGUAACAAUAUACAGUAUGUGCGUUACGUCUGCGAGUGAAAUGUGGCCUAGCUACCAAUGGUGGUUCACUGUCAUUCACUGAGCUCUCAAACGACAGAGAGCUUUAGUUUAUUUGUGAGAAGACUUUAGGACUUCAAGUUCGAUAUUUGUGGCAUCAGACCUUAAACAGUAAACCAGUAAAUUUAGGGGUGUAGUUAGUUUAAAGGGUGCACACCAUUUCUGUUGCACAAAGGAAACUUUUACAUAUUUUGCUUCAGGGUUUAGGGUUUGAUGAAGUUCAUUUAAUGAUUACAUGCCAUCUGUAGUUGUGCAGAACUUGUAUUUUUACAGAAGUAUAAAAUUGAACAUCA